AUGUCUCUCCUUGUUAUGGAGAAGACAAUUUCUGCAUCUGUGCUUGAGGAAAUACCUGCUUCUGAGAAUGCAAAAGAGUUUUUGGCAUCUAUAGUUCAGAAGUAUAAGCCAGAAGAUAAGGCACAAGUUAGAAAAUUGAUCACUGCUCUCACUUCUGCUAAGUUUGAUGGUGUUGGGUCUGUAAGAGAGUAUAUUCUGGGAUUGGCUUGCAUUGCAAAUAAGCUGAAAGUGCUCAAGGUCCCCAUAGAUGAGACCUUCUUGGUGCAUAUUGCCGUAAACUCUCUUCCAAGCUCUUAUGGGCAAUUGGUAAGAGUAUACAGCAUUAUGAAGGAGAUGUGGACAGUGAAUGAGCUUAUUUACGUGUGUGUUCUAGAAGAACAGAGGCAAAAGAAUGACAAGGGAAAGCGAGCUUAA